GGCGACUCCGACCAGGGUGGCACUGAGAUCUGCAAUACCGCGACCGGCGAGGUCUACCCAGGUAUAUAUGCUCCUGCACCGAGUAUCUCAUAGGACAUAACAUAUAUACAGUGAUGGCAACUCAAAGGAAAACCAGAAGCUCUGAGCUCCAAAACAGAAUUUCUCAAGGUAGUAAUACUUUUCAGACCAGUCUCUUAGCCUGGAAGGUAAAAGAGAAAUCGGGCAACUCGGAGAGUGUCUUGAAAGAAAGUAGUUCAAUGGAAGAUCCUAAACAUGCUGAUGAUCAAGACGAAGAUGACCUGCAGAUAGCAAUAGGAUACUUCCAGAAAGGUCCCAAGAAAACUUCACUCAAUAAAAAUACAAUGUUGGAAAAACACUUGAAAUCUGUGGAAAACGUGGCUUGGAAAAAUGGCUUAGCUCCAGAAGCAAUUGAUAUUUUACUAAAUGUGGCACUCAGUGGCAAGUUUGGGAAUGCUAUAAGCAUACGGAUAUUAAAGUGCAUGAUUCCAGAAACUCUCAUAUCAGAAGAUUCUGUGGUUAAGGCGGUAUCUUGGCUCUGUGUUGGCAAGUGCUCUGGUAAUACCAAGGUGCUUUUUUAUCGUUGGUUGGUCGCGAUGUUUGACUUUAUUGAUCAUAAGAAGCAAAUUAAUUUGCUCUAUGGCUUCUUUUUUGCUUCCUUGCAAGAUGAUGCACUGUGCCCCCAUGUGUGCCGUUUGUUAUAUGUACUGACUAAAAAGGAGAAUGUCAAACCAUUUCGCGUGAGAAAAUUGCUUAAUCUUCAGGUCAAAAUGGGCCUGCAGCCUCAUCUCCAGGCUUUGUUGUCACUAUAUAAGACCUUUGCUCCUACUUUGAUUUCUGUAUCGUUGCCUAUGAGGAGGAAGAUCUAUUUUAAUAAUUCAAAGAACCUAUGGACUUCAGCUCUGGUUGCUGUGAAGCUAAGAAACCAGCGAGCUUUUCCAGAACCUCCAAAGCUGACGUUAGGUCCAACUAAGAGCUGUUCUCUAAAAAGAAAAUGGAGUUCUCUCUCCGUUAUACCAGCACUCAAUUCUGCUAACAAAGACUGUGGGGAAAAGAUGUGGAGUCUCUCUGAUUAUUUCAGCAGCAGUACGUCAUUUCCAUUAGAAGAGCUUCAAAGUUUCCCUCACCUUUUACAGAACAUUCAUUGCUUAGAGCUGCCUUCGCAGAUGAGUUCCGUGCUAAACAACUCUCUGCUGCUUCACUAUAUUAAUUGUGUCAAAGAUGAGUCAAUCUUACUGAGGCUCUAUUAUUGGUUGAGUCAAGCAUUGCAAGAAGAAUGUGUAUGGUAUAAUAUGAAUAAUUAUGAACAAGAAAAAGAAUUUGUAAACUUGCUGGACAUUGUCAUCAGGGUGCAGUGCUUCUUACAAGAGGGGUUUUACUCCUGUGAAGCGUUCCUGUAUAAGAGCCUGCCUCUCUGGGAUGGCUUCUCCUGUCAGUCACAUUUCCUUCAGCUUCUGACCUGGGUUCCAUUCAGUAGCUUCUCUGAGAUGAAGCCACUUCUUUUUAAUCAUCUAGCACCUCUCUUCUUUUCAUCAACAAUUUAUUUCAAGUGUAGUCUUCUUCAAAGCCUGAAAGAACUACUGCAGAACUGGCUCUUGUGGCUUUCGAUGGAUGCCCACGUGCAACCGGUGACAAGCAGUCCUCUGUGA